AGAUGGGACCCUGACACAACUGGUGACAAGCCACGCAUGCAAACCUAUGAAAUUGAUUUGAACACAUGCGGUCCGAUGGUUCUUGAUGCCCUCAUCAAAAUUAAAAAUGAGAUCGACCCAACACUGACCUUCAGACGUUCCUGUAGAGAGGGUAUCUGUGGUUCAUGUGCUAUGAACAUCAACGGGGGCAACACGUUAGCCUGUUUAAACAAAAUUGAUUCAAAUACCAGCAAAGUGUCAAAGAUUUACCCUCUUCCUCACAUGUAUGUUGUGAAAGAUCUUGUCCCUGAUAUGAGCAACUUUUAUGCACAGUACAAGUCCAUCGAGCCUUAUCUGAAGAAGAAGGACGAGUCAAAACAGGGAAAGGAACAGUACCUCCAGUCAAUCGAGGACCGUCAAAAGCUGGAUGGCCUGUAUGAAUGCAUCCUUUGUGCAUGCUGCAGCACAAGUUGUCCUAGUUAUUGGUGGAAUGGAGACAAAUACCUUGGCCCAGCUGUGCUUAUGCAGGCAUAUAGGUGGAUGAUUGACUCUCGUGAUGACUUUACAGAAGAGCGUCUCUCCAAAUUACAGGACCCUUUCUCCCUUUACCGCUGUCACACAAUAAUGAACUGUACAAAGACAUGUCCCAAGGGUCUCAAUCCUGGAAAAGCCAUCGCACAAAUUAAGAAAAUGAUGGCAAUUUAUAAAGAAAAAAGAUAAUCUGCUAGCUAAUUUGUAUAUUUGGAAAAUAACACUCCGUUUACUCCUUGAUUUCAGUUUAUUUAAAUUAUUGUGUAAAUGUGUAAAUUCAUCACAAAGUGUUCCAAUAAUAAGAAAUAUUAAGUGUUUGUCUUAUCAUGCCCAUUAAUGCAGACCUCACAUUCUAAUAUAUAUAUAUAUAUAUAUAUAUAUAUAUAUAUA